AGAAAUAGCUCCUGCGCAAUGGUACCACUGCUUUCGAACUUUACUCUUCUUAUACUGAUCAAAACUGUUUUACAUCCGAAGAGGGCGUGGAAGCACUAUGAAGGCAUCACCAUUUUGCCUGUUCCUAUUACUAGCUGUAGCGGUGAUAGGGACACCGAGUCGACGUGAUGGCGUCCUUCACCCAAGCGGGCGAGGCAGUACCGAAAUCGCAAAUGCAAAAGCACCAGAGUUUAUGGAUAAUGGCACCAGUGGCCCAGCAGCACAGCGUGGUGGCACAGAACCAGCUUUGCAAGGUGAUCGUGAAGGCUCACGCGGAGUCGACCAAAUGCGACCCUCAAUGCCGUCGCCGUCUUACUCUUCGCAUGAUGGUCAGCGCAGUAAAGAAGAACAAGGCACGCCCCGUGCGCGCUCAUCUAGCGCUCUUUGGAAUGGUGGAAGAAACAAUGGUCAGGAGAGUAACUUCCGGAGGCAGCAACCCGAUUUCGAAGUCCCUUCUGUCUCUAGCGAAGACACUGAAAGCAAGACAAAUGAGCAACCACAGUUAACAGAUAACGGUCGCAUUGAAAAAGCUGCAAAACGAGGACUUGGAAUUCGCGCGCCUUCUAGAGAUUCCGGCAGCGUCGGCAGCGCUGAGACUCAUGGAACUGGACUUGGCAGACGUAUGUCCCUUGGCAGAGCAGGCGGUGGCAGCCAAAACGAUGAACAAGAUCCUGAGUCUCAACUUAGAGGACACUCCAAUCGCGAUGGAAAGCAGCGACUUGAAGUAAACAGAGAAAGCCAAGUGCGAUUCGGCAACCUUUUUGGAGCACACUGGCUGAUGAACAGUACUCGAACCUGGACAACCCCAACGCGUCCAACGGGAGCCAUGAGAUAUUUGACCACUGACUGAAGCCAUGGCCGUCAUCGUACCUUGGAUCGUGACUACGCUGUAUUCAAAGAAAACAGCCCAUAGUUUCAUACGCGCACCACAGCAAAUGUAACAGUUUGGGUCUAGCCAGAUUACCAAUGCAGAUGCGCUCCCGACCCAUGAGAACACCCUCAUUCGCUGCUGCAGCGUAGCCGUUCCAUGUUCAAAUUGUGAACAAUAAAUGACUUACGC